CUUGGUGAGGACACUUUCAACAGAGCCAAGCUCCUGAAUGUGGGCUACACAGAGGCCCUGAAGGAUGCAGAGUACGACUGCUUUAUCUUCAGCGACGUGGAUCUCAUCCCUAUGGACGACCGUAACCUCUACCACUGUUACGACCAGCCACGACACUUCGCCAUCGCUAUGGACAAGUUUGGCUUCAGGUAGGUCAAUUGUAUUAUGGACUGUCACUCGCACUUAUAUUUUACUCUGAAUGAAAUCUGUUGUUAGUUUUUCAAGCCUAUAUUCUCCAAUCUCCUGGCGUUUUAAAUUUAUUGAUUUGGAAAUGUGCAUGCUUUUAAAGGGAUAGUUCUUAUAUAAAAGUUUGAAGAUAUUGUUUUGGGACUGCACACAUUAUUUUUACAGGAUGAUGUAACCUGUUUUGCUGAAUAUAAUGGUGAGAUUCACUAAAGUAAAAGCAAAAGUACUAUCGGAGACUCAUCUCCAGUUCUUUUGACUGAGUUUGAAAGGAACUUCCAUUUUGCCUUUCAUUGGAUUCCAGACAACUCGCCCAAUGCACUGUGAUGUUAAAUUUUCAGUCUUUGUGUAUGGGGCCAAAGGGCAACCCAAUCCUAACACUUUCUAACAAAUCUAUUUAAUAUACACCAUCACAAUAAAUCCAUUAUUUAUUUUAGGCAGGUCUAAAGAAACAUUAUGAUAUGAAGAAAAUGUAUUUCAGAAGAACAGAAUAUGAGUUGGCCUACUGUAUGUUAUCUGGCUAUGCUCCAUGCCAUAGGUUGUAGGCUUGUUCAUUUAGCAGACAAGAUAUGCUAUCAAUCCGCUGUGAUUAUUUUAUAUUAUAUGAUUUUAUAGUAAGAAGAAUAUAAUUGAACUUAGCUGAAUAAAAUACAAAGGAUAUUUUUCCCAUUACGGAGCGAAUGCGCAUAUAAAGUGGCUAUGUUGGGUGUAAAAGUGAUAAUUUGAAACAGGUCCUAUAUGCUAGAUUCAGAGUUACUUGGCAGCUUUAGUUGUGCAUGAUACACACCUUAGAAUGUCUUAGAAAUGAAAACAUAUUGUCACACCCUGGCUCGGGGACUCAUUAUGUUGAGCCAGGGUGUGUUCAUUCUAUGUUUUCUGUUUCUUUGGUGGGUGUUCUAGGUUGUCUAUUUUCUAUGUUUGCCGGUGUGACUCCCAAUCAGAGGCAACGAGUGUCAGCUGUCGGCUGGUUGUCUCUGAUUGGGAGCCAUAUUUAAUCUGUCUGUUUUUCUUUCGGGUUGUGGGAUUUUGUUCGUGUGUGUUCGUGUUGUACCAUAGACGUCACGCAUUCGUUGUUUAUUGUUUUGUUCGUGUCAGCAUUUAAUAAAUAGAAUAUGUUCACUCGCAACGCUGCGCCUUGGUCUCCCUCAUUAGACGAGCGUGACAGAAAAUCCCACCAGUACCAGACCAAGCAGCGUGAGGAGGAGAGAGGAAGGACCUGGGAUCAGUGGAGUAGGAGUUUCGGCUGGGCCCCGCUAAGUGAAGAGAAGAGAGGCUGGUCUAUGGAGCAAUGGAUCAAGAGCUUCGACUGGGUCAAGCCCAUUGAGGAGCUGAGUGACGAGGGUUGGAGACAGAGGAGCGAGAGGUGGGCGAGAACGAUGGAGGCCUGGCCCACGGGGAGGAGAGACCCCCAGAAAAUUUUUAGGGGGGGGCUCACGACGUGGACGACGGGGCAGCAGGAGGCCGCGAGGGAGCGGUCCAGCGGGUGUGAAGAGGAGGCCGCCAGGUUAAGGGGGCCACUGGUCACAGAGGAGAGGGAAAGUGUGGAGGCACGGCGAGAGGUACUGGGGUGUGUUACCAGUCCGGUCCGGCCCGUUCCUGAUCCCUGCGUAGGGCCAGUGGUGUGUGUCCCCAGUACGGUCCGGCCUGUUCCUGUUCCUCGCAUCGAGCCUGUGGUGCGUGUCGUCAGCCCGGCCCGGCCUGUUCCUGCUUCCCGCACCGAGCCUAUGGUGCGCGUCGCCAGCCCGGCCCGGCCUGUUCCUGCUCCCUGCACCAAACCUGUGGUGCGCGUCGCCAGCCCGGUCCGGCCCGUUCCUGCUCUCCGCACCAAGUCUGUGGUGCGCGUCGCCAGCCCGGCCCGGCCUGUUCCUGCUCCCCGCACCAAACCUGUGGUGCGCGUCGCCAGCCCGGUCCGGCCCGUUCCUGCUCUCCGCACCAAGUCUGUGGUGCGCGUCGCCAGCCCGGCUCGGCCUGUUCCUGCUCCCCGCACCAAACCUGUGGUGCGCGUCGCCAGCCCGGCCCGGCCUGUUCCUGCUCCCCGCACCAAGUCUGUGGUGCGUUUCGUCAGCCCUGUCCGGCUCGUUCCUGCUCUCCGCACCAAGUCUGUGGUGCGCGUCGCCAGCCCAUUCCGGUCCAUUCCUGCUCCACGCACCAAGCCAGGGGUGUGUAUCGUCAGCCCGGUCCGGUCCGUUCCUGUUCCACGCACCAAGCCAGGGGCGCGUGUCGUCAGUCCGGCUCCGGCCAGCGGGGCUAGACAGGACCAGGGGUACUUUGGGGGGUUGGAGAGGAAGUGGGGAUCAAGCCCGGAGCCGGAGCCGCCGCCGAGGAGGAAUGCCCACCCAGCCCUCCCCUGUUUUUGCUCGUAUUUAGGCGCGGUCGCAGUCCGCGCCUUUAGGGGGGGGUACUGUCACACCCUGGCUCGGGGACUCAUUAUGUUGAGCCAGGGUGUGUUCAUUCUAUGUUUUCUGUUUCUUUGGUGGGUGUUCUAGGUUGUCUAUUUUCUAUGUUUGCCGGUGUGACUCCCAAUCAGAGGCAACGAGUGUCAGCUGUCGGCUGGUUGUCUCUGAUUGGGAGCCAUAUUUAAUCUGUCUGUUUUUCUUUUGGGUUGUGGGAUUUUGUUCGUGUGUGUUCGUGUUGUACCAUAGACGUCACGCAUUCGUUGUUUAUUGUUUUGUUCGUGUGAGCAUUUAAUAAAUAGAAUAUGUUCACUCGCAACGCUGCGCCUUGGUCUCCCUCAUUAGACGAGCGUGACACAUAUACAGUAUGGGCUGCAUGUUGUGACUAUAGGCUUGCGCUCCGUUCCUUGCCUCAGGCUGCACACGCUGUUCUCUCAUCAAGUGAUCAUAUUUUCACCCAUCAGACUAUUCUCAAUUGUAUCUUGGCUUUAUUAAUAUGUCAAAUGUGUUUUGAUUUAGAGUGGCCCAUUAUUAAAUGGGCAAGGGAAAAAAUACAUGUAAUCUGUAUGCAUCUAUAGCGAAUGGAGGCCAUGCGCUUUCCCGCUGGUCCGUUUUCUAGGCUACUUCGGUUUUAUAGCGGAGCAUGUGCUUAAUAUGAGCAGCUGAGAAAGAAAUAUAAGCAUGCUUUCGCUCCCCGACAGGUGAUAUUCCGCCCAAACUCUCUAUGCCAUGGGCUCUCCAACCUUGUUCCUGCAGCUACCCAGUGCUUAAUUUGGGAAACAAGUGAAAUCUGUUCGGGAACAUGAUAGUAACAUGUUUUCGCAAGGAAACAUAUUUCACUAAAAUGUUGACAGCCCGUCUGCGCGCUCAAUAAAGGAAUAAAGGAGAGAGAGGAGGAGAUGGAAACGCAUGGUGGUGAGAAAUGCUGUAUAGCUUAAGGUAAUGUGCCACCCAAUUAAUUAUGAAAAUAUAAAACAAAUCCCUAUUACUAGGCUAUUCAAAUUCACUAAUUGUAGGCAAACUGUAAGCCGCCCUGCACAAUCAAUGGCUUGCGAAGGUAUUCACCCCCCUUGGCAUUUUUCCUAUUUUGUUGCCUUACAACCUGGAAUUGAAAUUGAUUUUUUGCAGGUUUGUAUCAUUUGAUUUACGCAACAUGCCUACCACUUUGAAGAUGCAAAAUAAAAAUGUUUGCAGCUCCUUCAGGGUUAUCUUUGGUCUCUUUGUUGCCUCUCUGAUUAAUGCCCUCCUUUCCUGGUCCGUGAGUUUUGGUGGGCGGCCAUCUCUUGGCAGGUUUGUUGUGGUGCCAUAUUCUUUCAUUUUUUAAUAAUGGAUUUAAUGGUGCUCCGUGGGAUGUUCAACGUUUCAGAUAUUUCUUUAUAACCCAACCCUGAUCUGUACUUCUCCACAACUUUGUCCCUGACCUGUUUGGAGAGCUCCUUGGUCUUCAUGGUGCCGCUUCUUUGGUGGUGCCCCUUGCUUAGUGGUGUUGCAGACUCUGGGGCCUUUCAGAACAGGUGUAUAUAUACUGAGAUCAUGUGACAGAUCAUGUGACACUUAGAUUGCACACAGGUGGACUUUACUUAACUAAUUAUGUGACUUCUGAAGGUAAUUGGUUGCAACAUAUCUUAUUUAGGGGCUUCAUAGCAAAGGGUUGAAUACAUAUUCACACACCAUUUUUCCGUUAUUUAUUUUUUAUAAUUUUUUUAAACAAGUAAUUUUUUUCGUUUCACUUCACCAAUUUGGGCUAUUUUGUGUAUGUCCAUUACAUGAAAUCCAAAUAAAAAUCCAUUUAUAUUACAGGUUGUAAUGCAACAAAAUAAGAAAAACACCAAGUGGGAUGAAUACUUUUGCAAGGCACUGUACCAUAAGGUAUCCAGUCCAUCCAGUAUGCAUAAUAAUACAGUCCACACUCAAAGGCGAUUACUAGAAUUUGUUUAAUUUUGGAGUAUAGGCUGGACCAAUUAUGUACCAAAGACAUCUUAAAUCAGUUUGUUUAAUGUUUUUCUGCUGUGUGUAAUAUACGUUAGGCUUUGUAUUGUAUAACGGAAAAAUCAUUAUUUUAAAUAUUUUUAUUUUUUUGUGUGUUUUGCAUAUGGGUUAGAAAGCGCUGUCCUUUUCAUUGUGUUAGACUUUGAAACAACAUCCACAAUGAACAUGUCUUCCACUCAGUUUCAACCUGUUGCUGAAUUUCUUUCUUCAAAUUGAUCGAUCAAAUCAAAUCAAAUUAUAUUUGCCACAUGCGCCGAAUACAACAGGUAGACCUUACAGUGAAAUGCUUACUUACAAGCCCUUAACCAACAAUGCAGGUUUAAGACUUUGGCGUUCCGGUACCACUUGCCGUGCGGUAGCAGAGAGAACAGUCUAUGACUAGGCUGGCUGGAGUCUUUGACAAUUUUUAGGGCCUUCCUGGUAUAGAGGUCCUGGAUGGCAGGAAGCUUGGCCCCAGUGAUGUACUGGGCCAUAUGCACUACCCUCUGUAGUGCCUUGCGGUCGGAGGCCGAGCAGUUGCCAUACCAGGUGGUGAUGCAACCAGUCAGGAUGCUCUCGAUGGUUCAGCUGUAGAACUUUUUGAGGAUCUGAGGACCCAUGCCAAAUCUUUUCAGUCUCCUGAUGGGGAAUAGGCUUUGUCGUGCCCUCUUCAUGACUGUCUUGGUGUGUUUGGUCCAUGAUAGUUUGUUGGUGAUGUGGACACCAAGGAACUUGAAGCUCUCAACCUGUUCCACAACAGCCCCGUCGAUGAGAAUGGGGGCGUGCUCAGUCCUCUUUUUUUCCUGUAGUCCACAAUCAUCUCCUUUGUCUUGAUCACAUUGAGGGAGAGGUUGUUAUCCUGGCACCACACGGCCAGGUCUCUCACCUCCUCCCUAUAGGCUGUCUUAUCGUUGUCGGUGAUCAGGCCUAUCACUGUUGUGUCAUCGGCAAACUUAAUGAUGGUGUUGGAGUCGUGCCUGGCCAUGCAGUCAUGGGUGAACAUGGAGUACAGGAGGGGACUGAGCACACAUCCCUGAAGGGCCCCCGUGUUGACGAUCAGUAUGGCAGAUGUGUUGUUACCCACCCUUACCAACUGGAGGCGGCCCGUCAGGAAGUCCAUGAUCCAGUUGCAGAGGGAGGUGUUUAGUCCCAGGGUCCUUAGUUUAGUAAUGAGCUUUGAGGGCACUAUGGUGUUGAAUGCUGAGCUGUAGUCAAUGAAUAGCAUUCUCACGUAGGUGUUCCUCUUGUCCAGUUGGGAAAGGGCAGUGUGGAGUGCAAUAGAGAUUGCAUGACCUGUGGAUCUGUUGGGGCGGUAUGCAAAUUGGAGUGGGUCUAGGGUUUCUGGGAUAAUGGUGUUGAUGUGAGCCAUGACCAGUCUUUCAAAGCACUUCAUGGCUACAGACGUGAGUGCUACGGGUCGGUAGUCAUUUAGGCAGGUUAUCUUAGUGUUCUUGGGCACAGGGACUAUGGUGGUCUGCUUGAAACAUGUUGGUAUUACAGACUCAGUCAGGAACAUGUUGAAAAUAUCAGUGAAGACACUUGCCAGUUGGUCAGCACAUGCUCGAAGUACACAUCCUGGUAAUCCGUCUGGCCCUGCGGCCUUGUGAAUGUUGACCUGCUUAAAAGUCUUACUCACAUCGGCUACGGAGAGGGUGAUCACAUAGUCAUCCGGAACAGCUGAUGCUCUCAUGCAUGCUUCAGUGUUGCUUGCCUCGAAGCGAGCAUAGAAGUGAUUUAGCUCGUCUGGUAGGUUCGUGUCACUGGGCAGCUCGCGGCUGUGCUUCCCUUUGUUGUCUGUAAUAGUUUGCAAGCCCUGCCACAUUCGACGAGCGUCGGAGCCGGUGUAGUACGAUUCAAUCUUAGUCCUGUAUUGACUCUUUGCCUGUUUGAUAGUUCGUCAGAGGGCGUAGUGGGAUUUCUUAUAAGCGUCCGGGUUAGAGUCCCGCUCCUUGAAAGCGGCAGCACUAGCCUUUAGCUCAGUGCAGAUGUUGCCUGUAAUCCAUGGCUUCUGGUUGGGGUAUGUACGUAUGGUCACUGUGGGGACGACGUCAUCGAUGCAGUUAUUGAUGAAGCCAGUUAUUGAUGUGGUGUUCUCCUCAAUGCCAUCGGAAGAAUCAUGGAACAAAUUCCAGUCUGUGCUAGCAAAACAGUCCUGUAGCUUAGCAUCUGCGUCAUCUGACCACUUCCUUAUUUACAGAGUCACUGGUGUAUCCUGCUUUAGUUUUUGCUUAUAAGCAGGAAUCAGGAGGAUAGAAUUGUGGUCAGAUUUGCCAAAUGGAGGGCAAGGGAGAGCUUUGUACGCGUCUCUGCGUGUAGGUUUUUUUUCCCUCUGGUUGCACAUUUUAACAUGCUGGAAGUAAUUAGGUAAAUGGAAUUAAGUAUCCCUGCAUUAAAGUCCCCAGCCACUAGGAGCGCUGCCUCUGGAUGAGCGUUUUCCUGUUUGCUUAUGGCCUUAUACAACUCAUUGAAUGCAGUCUUAGUGCCAGCAUCGGUUUGUGGUGGUAAAUAGACAGCUACGAAAUAUAUAGAAGAAAAUUAUCUUGGUAAAUAUGUGUGGUCUACAGCUUAUCAUGAGAUACUCUACCUCAGGCGAGCCAAAUCUCGAGACUUCCUUAAGAUUAGAUUUUGUGCACCAGCUGUACAUCAGUCACAGUGAGGCCUACUGUUUUGAUGAUAAGUGUUUGAUGUAAUUUUGUAAUUGCAUUUGCAUUGACGUCAGAGUGGUUAGAGGGACAAUAGAGCCCUGAGGACCAGGCCAUUAGGACCUGAUGGUAGUUAGCAUGUUGGGUACUACCAAAGCAUGUCCAAAGUGCAUAAAAGGAGAUUAACAUGACUCAACAUUCACAUGGAAUUUUGCUGCGGUCAUGACUCAUGACUGCAGGUGUGGCGGUAAUAUGGUCACAGCAACAGCCUAGCCCUAUCCACAUAUUUUUUGCCUUCAAGUGGCAUUAAAGUUGCAAAAAGCCCUCAAGACACUCAUGCCUAACAGGCAAUUCACUCCAUGCCGUUUUACCUGCCUGGAUAUACAGUGAGGGAAAAAAGUAUUUGAUCCCCUGCUGAUUUUGCACGUUUGCCCACUGACAAAGAAAUGAUCAGUCUAUAAUUUUAAUAGUAGGUUUAUUUGAAAAGUGAGAGACAGAAUAACAACAAAAAAAUCCAGAAAAACGCAUGUAAAAAAUGUUAUACAUUGAUUUGCAUUUUAAUGAGGGAAAUAAGUAUUUGACCCCCUCUCAAUCAGAAAGAUUUCUGGCUCCCAGGUGUCUUUUAUACAGGUAACGAGCUGAGAUUAGGAGCACACUCUUAAAGGGAGUGCUCCUAAUCUCAGUUUGUUACCUGUAUAAAAGACACGUGUUCACAGAAGCAAUCAAUCAAUCACAUUCCAAACUCUCCACCAUGGCCAAGACCAAAGAGCUCUCUAAGGAUGUCAGGGACAAGAUUGUAGACCUACACAAGGCUGGAAUGGCCUACAAGACCAUUGCCAAGCAGCUUGGUGAGAAGGUGACAACAGUUGGUGCGAUUAUUCGCAAAUGGAAAAAACACAAAAGAACUGUCAAUCUCCCUCGGCCUGGGGCUCCAUGCAAGUCUCACCUCGUGGAGUUGCAAUGAUCAUGAGAACGGUGAGGAAUCAGCCCAGAACUACACGGGAGGAUCUUGUCAAUGAUCUCAAGGCAGCUGGGACCAUAGUCACCAAGAAAACAAUUGGUAAGGACUGAAAUCCUGCAGGUCCCCCUGCUCAAGAAAGCACAGAUACAGGGCCGUCUGAAGUUUGCCAGUGAACAUCUGAAUGAUUCAGAGGAGAACUGGGUGAAAGUGUUGUGGUCAGAUGAGACCAAAAUGGAGCUCUUUGGCAUCAACUCAACUCGCCGUGUUUGGAGGAGGAGGAAUGCUGCCUAUGACCCCAAGAACACCAUCUCCACCGUCAAACAUGGAGGUGGAAACAUUAUGCUUUGGGGGUGUUUUUCUGCUAAGGGGACAGGAUAACUUCACCGCAUCAAAGGGACGAUGAAUGGGGCCAUGUACCGUCAAAUCUUGGGUGAGAACUUCCUUCCCUCAGCCAGGUCAUUGAAAAUGGGUCGUGGAUGGGUAUUCCAGCAUGACAAUGACCCAAAACACACGGUCAAGGCAACAAAGGAGUGGCUCAAGAAGAAGCACAUUAAGGUCAGUCUCCAGACCUUAAUCCCAUAGAAAAUCUGUGGAGGGAGCUGAAGGUUCGAGUUGCCAAACGUCAGCCUCGAAACCCUAAUGACUUGGAGAAGAUCUGCAAAGAGGAGUGGAACAAAAUCCCUCCAGAGAUGUGUGCAAACCUGGUGGCCAACUACAAGAAACGUCUGACCUCUGUGAUUGCCAAAAAGGGUUUUGCCACCAAGUACUAAGUCAUGUUUUGCAGAGGGGUCAAAUACUUAUUUCCCUCAUUAUCGCAAAUCAAUUUAUAACAUUUUUGACAUGCGUUUUUCUGGAUUUUUUUGUUGUUAUUCUGUCUCUCACUGUUCAAAUAAACCUACCAUUAAAAUGAUAGACUGAUCAUGUCUUUGUUAGUGGGCAAACAUACAAAAUCAGCAGGGGAUCAAAUACUUUUUUCCCUCACUGUAGAAUGCAAAUUGCUGUGUAAUUUGUAACAGAUUGAUUGAACACAAUUCCUCAACGUCUAGCCAGGCUUUGUAUCCAGUGUAUGUGGACUAAGCAGCCUAUUUGCUAGACAGUUUAUGCAAGUCUCCCAGUGCACUAGUGUUGACUGCUAAUAUCAAUAAACUGUGAUGAUGAUAAUCCCAUUUGUAAAGUGAAUGGAAUUCACACUGGAUGGGGCUUUCUCCUGACCCAGAGAGGCUACGACAUGUCUCUAAUAACUUACACAACCUUGUAGAAUUGGAGAAGCACUCGUGCACACACAUGCACACACACAUAAAGAAGGAUUCUCUCUCCACACUGUUUCUGUGAAGGCUGCUGCUUAAGCAGAUGGCCUCAUUAGUGUUGUGCUUGUCGUCUUUAAACAUGAAGCUGCCUGUCGCACACCAAUCACCACUGGCCUGAGGCAGACUUCAGGGACCCGACAUGACACUGCUAACCUUCAGCACUGUACUGGAACAAUACAGUUGGGCUCUGUAGAAAGGCUCUGUGUGAAAGGCUGCUGCUACUGAGACCUUAUGUAGUCUGUCUCUGAACACGAGUGCCUUUAUUGAGCCACGUCCCACUCCCCCGUCUAAAGCACCAGCAACAUGAUUAUGUCCCAAAUGGCACCCUAUUCCUUAUAGAGUGCACUACUUGACCAGGGCCCAUAGGUAGUAGUGCACUAUGUAGGGAAUAAAGCGCCCUUUGGGACACAAACUCUUUCUCCCUUUCCCAAUAUAUUGAUAGCUUCAAGUCAUGUGCAUAAAUAAUCGCACUUCACAUCAAGCGAUAGUUCCGAACUUCUUUAAAAAAACAAUCUGAGCUAGCUGUAGAAACAAUACAUUGUUAAUGUACUUGUAUUUUGUUACUUCUGCUUCAUUUGUUACACUAUGCACAUGAAAAGCAUGAAUACAUGUUUUGUUGUAAUUUUCUGUUGUCUUAAAUGCAAUACAGUAGAGUAUUCAUAUUUGACAUGCUUGUUGUUUUGAAAUGCCAGGAUCUGUCGUGAAACUCAAAGCUGACAACUGCCUCAAUUCUUUGACAGUUCUUUUCUCUUGCAGGCUUCCUUAUGCGGGGUACUUUGGCGGGGUUUCCGGGCUGAGCAAAAAACAGUUUCUCAAGAUCAAUGGCUUCCCCAACGAGUACUGGGGCUGGGGAGGAGAAGAUGACGACAUCUAUAACAGGUAAGACUGCAGGGCAGAAAAAAUUAAAAUAUAAAACUCCCAUCAAUCCCAGCACCAUACCAGAAAAUGAAUGCAGCCAUUGUAUUUGACAUUUAGAUUAUACAUGUAGCUGUUUCAGUAGUUUGCAUAUUAGGCAGAAAAAUCUCUAUUGCUCCAGUAUUAGUCAUUGCUGCAAAGUGCCUGUACUUUAGAAGCUUUUCAUUAUUUAAUGCUGAUAACAUUUUAAAGGCACAGAUAAGAUAUUGCAAGAGUGAAGUGGGCACAGCUACAGGUCUUGUGAAAUGCAAAAUGUAUGCCUGGCCUGUCAUUUGACUUUGUCAUUGAAAUAAAAAAAAUAUUGACUUUAUCAUUGAAAUAAAAAAAAUAUUGAAUGACCAGAUAUAAAGUAAUUGUUCAUCCCAACAAUGUUAUCUCUCAGUGCUGCUCGCAGACGGUCCUGAUUUCAUUGUAUACGUUUUUGUCAGACAAUAGAGCAGCAGUUUCUCAUUUUACUGACACUUGUUUUAGAGGAGAAUAGAUCGCUCUUUCAUGUCAUCUAGCAUCUUCCCUUUCGCUCAGGAGAUAUGUGACUUCCACCAUUCCAUCUACGAACCCAACUCUGUUCCCAAAGUGAUAACACAAAACACAAAAUAGGUAAAUAGAGUGUUUCGAAUUGGCCCCUUUCCAUGGGAUGUGGGACGGUAUACAGGGGAUUAUUGCGUCACAGAUAGAGGCUGGCAGGAUGUGCAUUACAGUAUGUGAUAAAAGGAAUCUUUCUUUGUGUGUGUCUGCCCCGAGCCCUCGCAUCUGAAGAGAAGACAUGAUUGGAGGGAUGAUGUUGGGGGAGUAAAAACUGUAUUAGCUUGAUAGUAGCUGCAGUAGAGUUGAUCCAUUAAAGCGUUAAGAUUUCCCCCGAGAUGCUUCCUUCAACAGACCAAUUUUUUUUCAGUGGAUGAUGUGGGAUGUGCUGGAAUAUUAUCCUCCCCCAUUCUGCACCCAAUACAUGAGUGUGAAAGGCUAAAGUCAAUGUUGUAGACACCAAAAUAAGCAUAGAAAAAAGAGCAAGAAGGUUGUCUUUCAUUGAAAUCCAGAACCUUUUAAAGUCUCACUUGUUUUAAAGCCAUUUUAUAUAAAGCAAUUUGAAAUUCCCCUGAAUAUACACUGGAUCUCAUGGCCAGGCAGGGACUGAUGGUGAUGCCUGGUGUUAGGCUAGCGUGCAGCAGUGAAUAGACUCAGGUUGUGUCCCAAAUGGCACCCUAUUCCCUAUAUACGUAGUGCACUACUUUUGACCAGGGCACACAGGGCUCUGGUCAAAAGUAGUGCAAUAUAUAGGGAAUAGGGUGCCAUUUGGGAUGCAGACUCAGACUGGUCUGUGACUGGGGUGGUGGUGAAGGUCUCUUCCCCAGGCACCCAGAGAGAUGGUGAUGUGUGAGUGAUGGGGCCUGGCCUGUUGCUAGUGUCUCUCUUUCUCUUGUUCCACUGGCUCCUUCCCCUGGGUUCACUGCAACAAUACAUGGCAUCUUCGCCUAAAUUGGGGCCUGCCAACACAAUCACAGCUCGUGGGAGUCCAUGUCCCUGUUCAGUGCUAUACGGCCAUGCCCACAAUCUAUUGAUCUGAGAUCCAUGGGUGCCGGAGUGAAGGGAUGUCAGUGACAGCACUCUUCCCUCUUUAACACUAGAAGCACUGAGGCAGUCAUUUUGACUGCAUAUUAAUUUAAAAUAGAAAAAUCAUACACUGCCGAUUUUGCAGGUUUUCCUACUUACAAAGCAUGUAGAGGUCUGUAAUUUUAAUCAUAGGUACACUUCAACUGUGAGAGACGGAAUCUAAAACAAAAAUCCAGAAAAUCACAUUGUAUGAUUUUUAAGUAAUUUGCAUUUUAUUGCACGACAUAAGUAUUUGAUACAUCAGAAAAGCAGAACUUAAUAUUUGGUACAGAAACCUUUGUUUGCAAUUACAGAGAUCAUACGUUUCCUGUAGGUCUUGACCAGGUUUGCACACACUGCAACAGGGAUUUUGGCCCACUCCUCCAUACAGACCUUCUCCAGAUCCUUCAGGUUUCGGGGCUGUCGCUGGGCAAUAUGGACUUUCAGCUCCCUCCAAAGAUUUUCUAUUGGGUUCAGGUCUGGAGACUGGCUAGGCCACUCCAGGACCUUGAGAUGCUUCUUACGGAGCCACUCUUUAGUUGCCCUGGCUCUGUGUUUCGGGUCGUUGUCAUGCUGGAAGACCCAGCCACGACCCAUCUUCAAUGCUCUUACUGAGGGAAGGAGGUUGUUGGCCAAGAUCUUGCGAUACAUGGCCCCAUCCAUCCUCCCCUCAAUACGGUGCAGUCGUCCUGUCCCCUUUGCAGAAAAGCAUCCCCAAAGAAUGAUGUUUCCACCUCCAUGCUUCACGGUUGGGAUGGUGUUCUUGGGGUUGUACUCAUCCUUCUUCUUCCUACAAACACGGCGAGUGGAGUUUAGACCAAAAAGCUCUAUUUUUGUCUCAUCAGACCACAUGACCUUCUCCCAUUCCUCCUCUGGAUCAUCCAGAUGGUCAUUGGCAAACUUCAGACGGGCCUGGACAUGCGCUGGCUUGAGCAGGGAGACCUUGCGUGCGCUGCAGGAUUUUAAUCCAUGACGGCGUAGUGUGUUACUAAUGGUUUUCUUUGAGACUGUGGUCCCAGCUCUCUUCAAGUCAUUGACCAGGUCCUGCCGUGUAGUUCUGGGCUGAUCCCUCACCUUCCUCAUGAUCAUUGAUGCCCCACGAGGUGAGAUCUUGCAUGGAGCCCCAGACCGAGGGUGAUUGACCGUCAUCUUGAACUUCUUCCAUUUUCUAAUAAUUGAGCCAACAGUUGUUACCUUCUCACCAAGCUGCUUGCCUAUUGUCCUGUAGCCCAUCCCAGCCUUGUGCAGGUCUACAAUUUUAUCCCUGAUGUCCUUACACAGCUCUCUGGUCUUGGCCAUUGUGGAGAGGUUGGAGUCUGUUUGAUUGAGUGUGUGGACAGGUGUCUUUUAUACAGGUAACGAGUUCAAAUAGGUGCAGUUAAUACAGGUAAUGAGUGGAGAACAGGAGGGCUUCUUAAAGAAAAACUAACAGGUCUGUGAGAGCCGGAAUUCUUACUGGUUGGUAGGUGAUCAAAUACUUAUGUCAUGCAAUAAAAUGCAAAUUAAUUACUUAAAAAUCAUACAGUGUGAUUUUCUGGAUUUUUGUUAUAGAUUCUGUCUCUCACAGUUGAAGUGUACCUAUGAUAAAAAUUACAGACCUCUACAUGCUUUGUAAGUAGGAAAACCUGCAAAAUCGGCAUUGUAUCAAAUACUUGUUCUCCCCACUGUAGGUAUUCAGACCCUUUACUCAGUAUUUUGUUGAAGCGCCUUUGGCAGCGAUUAUAGCCUCAGGUCUUCUUGGGUAUGACACUACAAGCUUGGCACACCUGUAUUUGGGGAGUUUCUCCCAUUCUUCUCUGCAGAUCCUCUCAAGCUCUGUCAGGUUGGAUGGGGAGCGUCACUGCACAGUUAUUUUCAGGUCUCUCCAGAGAUGUUCGAUUGGGUUCAAGUCCGGGCUCUGGCUGGGCCACUCAAGGACAUUCAGAGACAUGUCCCGAAGCCACUCCUGUGUUGUCUUGGCUGUGUGCUUAGGGUCAUUGUCCUGUUGGAAGGUGAACCUUUGCCCCAUUCUGAGGUCCUGAGCGCUCUGGAGCAGGUUUAGAUUCCAUCUCUCACAGUUGAAGUGUACCUAUGAUAAAAAUUACAGACCUCUACAUGCUUUGUAAGUAGGAAAACCUGCAAAAUCGUCAGUGUAUCAAAUACUUGUUCUCCCCACUGUACAUAUGUUGUUAGAUUUUCGAUAUCAUGGACAGAAUUUGUAUUAAAAGCAGUUUUAAAAGGACAUGUCCCCCCCUGCCGCUCAUUCACCGGCAGUCAGCUGAUGGCCCAUCAAAACUACAUCUUAACCAUAUUUAAACUAAUUUCACACAUACAGUGCAUUCUAAAGUAUCCAGACCCCUUUACUUUUUCCACAUUUUGUUAUGUUACAGCCUUAUUCUAGAAUGGGUUAAAUUGUUUUUUUUCCCCUCAUCAAUAUACAGACAUUACCCCAUAAUGACAAAGCAAAAACAGGUUUUUAGAAUUUUUUGCAAAGGUAUUUAAAAAAAAAACUUUAAUAUUACAUUUACAUAAGUAUUCAGACCCUUUACUCAGUACUUUGUUGAAGCACCUUUGGCAGUGAUUACAGCCUUGAUUCAUCUUGGGUAUGACACUACAAGCUUAGCACACACUCAUUUUUUCAUUGUACUACCAUUUGCAUCAGUACCAUGGUAUUUUUCUGCGAUGGUAGUGACCAAAAAAACAUGAAUUUUCUUUUUCUUCAAAAAAAAUCCAUGGUUUUGUUCUAGCAGCAUGUAGUGAAACAUGAAAGCAUGGUAGUUGUUUACAGUGUAUUAUGAUGGUCUGUGUCCCACCGUUUUUCAGGUAAAGUGACCAAGAACGUAGUAAUUUAUGGUACUCACAUAAUGCAACAUUGACUACUCUGCAAUGGUAAGUGUAGGCCUAGUACACCCGUAAACCCCUUUUAGCUCAUAGUGAAAACCCACAACACACGUUAGUGUAGUGUACCCUCUUAAACCUUGAGACCUGGAUAGGGUAUGGUGAGAAGAAUGAAGGGAGUCUGAAACCUUGAAGAUUUAAAAUAGUUUAUCUGGUGCUUCUCUCUUCAAUAAAGUUGGCUCACUCUCAUUCAACUGACUUGGCUACUCGUAUACAAUUCUAAAUAGCCAACAUACUAAAAAAUGAUUUGUUAAAAGGUAUAAAUUAUCAUCUUAUCUCAUAGAUACAUUUUCAUCAUGUAAUUUGUAAGUCGCUCUGGAUAAGAGCGUCUGCUAAAUGACGUAAAUGUAAUUGGGAAAGUAUUCAGACCCCUGCACCUUUUCCACAUUUUGUUACGUUACAGCCUUAUUCUAAAAUGUAUUACAUUGUUUUUCUCAUCAGUCUACACACAAUACCCCAUAAUGACAAGGCAAAAACAGUCUGAGUUCUGGAGCAGGUUUUCAUCAAAGAUCACUCUGGACCGCUGAAAAGCAUACCCACAGCAUUAUGCUGCCACCACCAUGCUUCACCGUAGGGAUGGUGCCAGGUUUCCUCCAGACGUGACGCUUGGCAUUCAGGCCAAAGAGUUCAAUCUUGGUUUCAUCAGACCAGAGAAUCUUGUUUCUCAUGGUCUGAGAGUUUUAGGUGCAUUUUGGCAAACUCCAAGCGGGCUGUCAAGUGCCUUUUUCUGAGGAGUGGCUUCCGUCUGGCCACUCUACCGUAAAGGCCUGAUUGGUAGAGUGCUGCAGAGAUGGUUGUCCUUCUGUAAGGUUCUCCCAUCUCCACAGAGGAACUCUGGAGCUCUGUCAGAGUGACCAUCGGGUUCUUGGUCACCUCCCUGACCAAGGCCCUUCUCUCCCGAUUGCUCAGUUUGGCCGGGCGGCCAGCUCUAGGAAGAGUCUUGGUGGUUCCAAACUUCUUCCAUUGAAGAAUGAAGGAGGCCACUGUGUUCUUGGGGACCUUCAAUGCUGCUGAAAUUUUCGGUACACUUCCCCAGAUAUGUGCCUCGACACAAUCCUGUCUCAGAGCUCUACGGACAUUUCCAUCAACCUCAUUGCUUGGUUUUUGCUCUGCUCUGACAUGGACUGUCAACUGUAGGACCUUAUUAUAGACAGGUGUGUGCCUUUUCAAAUCAUGUCCAAUCAAUUGAAUUUGCCACAGGUGGACUCCAAUCAACUUGUAGAAAAAUCUCAAGGAUGAUCAAUGGAAACAGAAUGCACCUGAGCUCAAUUUCGAGUCUCAAAGCAAAGGGUCUGAAUAGGAAAGGGUCUGAAUACUCACAAGAUAAGGUAUUUCUGUUUUUUAUAUUUGUAAAAAUGUCUAAAACCCUGUUUUCACUUUGUCAUUAUGUGGUAUUGUGUGUAGAUUGAUGAGGAACAUUUUUUAUUUAAUCAAUUUUAGAAUAAGGCUGUAACGUAACAAAAUGUGGAAAAAGUCAAGGGGUCUGAAUACUUUCCGAAUGCACUGUAUAACAAUAGAAUUAGCCUGAAGACAAGAUUGAAUUGACAGUAGUCUGAUGGGUGACAAUAUUAUCAAUUGUCAAAUUGAAGAGAUGGGCCAGCGCAGCUUGGAAUUGCACAGAGGCAGGGAAACGGAGCGCCAAAAAGUGACUUUUUAAAAUCCUCCUACCGAGUCACAAGCAGGUAAGACGUUUUAUUUCUAUAUAGAGAAAGUGAGAAACAAGGUUAUUAUAGUAAACAAACUAAAACAAAAACUAAUCAUGAAACAUUUAUUUAGUAAAAUAAAAUACAAUAAUUAACAACCCAUUUGAAAAACUAAAACUAUACUGAAACUAUCUUUGACUCCAAAACGAACUAAAAUUAAAUACAAACCAUCAUGAAUUAUGUUCAGUUGUAUUUUUGAUUUUAUUUUACUUUGGGCAAAAAUCGAAUGGGGUUUUUAGUGGGGUUUUACAGCUUUUGGGGGGGUUUCAAGCUACUGAAUCUGGUGGGUAAAUACUGCCAGGAGAUGGUGAUGUUACAAACAGGGCUAGUUUGUGCAUCACUAUUCGUUUCUCGAGACAGAUGGGUUGCUUGCCUAGUUUACGAUGCUCCAAGGUCUGGGAUAUCCGAGACUACAUUUCAAUCACUAGCUAACAGGGAAAGAAUCGGCUAGGUAGCUAACUUGAUUCUUCUUACAUGUCCUACUGAGGUGAAAAAGCAUUGGAUUGGUGUAAACAUGGGCGUCAGUGCUAUUCCUUUUAAAUCCAAGCCACAUUGAGAUUGAGUUUAUAAUUGAAAGGGCCAAUCAGCAGUUGUAAAAAGCUGAGGGAUGGGGCUGGAAAAUUUAACCACUCUAAAAUUCAUAGACAGAGCUAUUGAUGCAAGGACUGACCAUUCAUGAUAUAAAAAUGAUAGUUUUAACCAUGGGCUCUAUUCAAUCCAUAUCGCGGAAGUUCAGUGUUAAAGCAUAAUUGAAAUUUAAAGGCAAUGUUCGGAGACUGAAUUCACGGUAAACGCUGCAUAAGUCGGCUCAAUUGGAAAUUACCUUUACAUUUCUAUUGUGCAAUCUGUAACACUUGAGCGAUACAGAUUGAGUAGAGCCCCAUGUUUUGAGGCUUUACAGUGUUUGUUUACUUUUUAUACAAACAUUUGAGUUAAACAAGCUUAUAUUUUGGGUUCUGAUGGGGAACGAAACAUGAACUACGCUCAUGAGGCAUUUAUAAGUUAUAUUCUUCAAGAAUCAAUGGGUACAUAUCAUUAAUUUAUGUAUGGAUGUAGCAACUGCUGAUUGCCACUUUAAACCUAACUUAACCUAUGACCUGACCCAUCACCUUAUUAUUACUGUUGCAAGAAUUGUAGUUGCAAGAAUUGACAUAACAAAAAACACACAAAAACUAUACAACACAAAUUGCUUCUAGCUUGGCUGUCACGAUCGUCAGGGAGAGACCAAUGCGCAGCGUUGAAGGUGAACAUAUUUAUAUUUAUUUAAUAAUCACACGAUCAAAACAACAAACGAAAACGUGACGUCUACGGUUUAAACACAAACCAACACGAACAAGAAACCACAAACACAAAGUGAAAGACAGACAGUUAAAUAUGGCUCCCAAUCAGAGACAACCAGCAGACACUCGUUGCCUCUGAUUGGGAGUCACUCAGGCCAACAUAGAAAUACAAACAUAGAAUACACACCCUGGCUCAACAUAACAGUGUCCCCAGAGCCAGGGCGUGACAGUACCCCCCCCUAAAGGCGCGGACUCCGACCGCGCCAACUAAAUACCACAGGGGAGGGACCGGGUGGGCACUCCGCCUUGGCGGCGGAUCCGGCUCCGGGCCUGAUCCCCACUCCCUCUCCAACCCCCCAAAGUACCCCUGGUCCGGUCUGGCCCCGCUGGCCGGAGCUGGACUGCACACUGAUGGAGCGGAUUGCUCUAGCUCCGGCGUAACGCAUCUGACCGGUGCCGGACCAGGCACCAGUGGAACAGGCACGGGCCGUGCCGGACCGACGACGCACACCACUGGCUUGGUGUGGGGAACAGGCACGGGCCGUGCUGGACUGACGACGCACACCACUGGCUUGGUGUGGGGAGCAGGAGCGGGCCGGACAGGGCUGACGAAACGCACCACAGACUUGGUGCGGGGAGCAGGAAUGGGCCGAGCCGGGCUGACGAAGCGCACCACUGACUUGGUGCGGGGAGCAGGAACGGGCCGAGCCGGGCUGACGAGACGCACCACAGACUUGGUGCGGGGAGCAGGAAUGGGCCGGACUGGGCUGGCGACGCGCACCACAGACUUGGUGCGGAGAGCAGGAACGGGCCGGACAGGGCUGACGAAACGCACCACAGACUUGGUGCGGGGAGCAGGAACAGACCGGACCGUACUGGGGACACACACCACUGGCCCUACACCGGGAUCUGGAACGGGCCGGACCGGACUGGUAACACACCCCAGUACCUCUCGCCGUGCCUCUCCACCUUCCAUCCCCUCUUCGACCAGUGGCCCCCGUAACCUGGCGGCCUCCUCUGCCAACCCGCUGGACCGCUCUAUCGCGGCCUCCUGCUGCCCCGACGUCGUGAGCCCCCCCCCUAAAAAUUUUCUGGGGGUCUCUCCUCCCCGUGGGCCAGGCCUCUAUCGUUUUCGCCCAACUCUCGCUCCUCUGUCUCCAACUCCCGCUAUUCAGCUCCUCAAUGGGCUUGACCCAGUCGAAGCUCUUCCUCAACUGUUCCCAAGUCCACCCUCUCUGCUCCUCACUAGGCUUGACCCAGUCGAGGUUGCCACGGAGAUCUGCUAGCGAUGGCUCCUGGACACGCUGCUUGGUCCGGUUUUGGUGGUUUCUUCUGUCACGAUCGUCAGGGAGAGACCAAUGCGCAGCAUUGAAGGUGAACAUAUUUAUAUUUAUUUAAUAAUCACACGAUCAAAACAACAAACGAAAACGUGACGUCUACGGUUUAAACACAAACCAACACGAACAAGAAACCACAAACACAAAGUGAAAGACAUACAGUUAAAUAUGGCUCCCAAUCAGAGACAACCAGCAGACACUCGUUGCCUCUGAUUGGGAGUCACUCAGGCCAACAUAGAAAUACAAACAUAGAAUACACACCCUGGCUCAACAUAACAGUGUCCCCAGAGCCAGGGCGUGACAUUGGCCCACUCAUGCUUUCUGUCCCGAAGACUAAAACUAAAACUGAAGCUAAAUAAUAUAAAAAACGAAUUAUAAAUAUUUUUAUACAACUGAAACUAAAUAAAUACUAGCAAAUCAAGUCUGAAAACAAACUGAAACUGAACUAAAUUCCAAAUAAAAUCGAAUAGAAAUAAAAAAGAAUAUAAAAAAACCAAACUAUAUUGACCUUGGAGAGAAAGAUCAGAUUAUGAGGUUUCUAAAACACUUACCUUUGCAAAAGAACUCUAAAAAGUUAAGAGAUGAGUUCUAUUUCAAAAUAUAACUUUUUCCAAGAAUAGCAGCUGUUCCAUGCCCUCCACACGUGAGCAUGCGGCAGCAUAUAGCCCAGGCUACUAAUAACAUAAUACAACUUCAAAUAUGCUAUUCUGUUAUUUUGAAAUACAUUUUCUUAGUUUCAUAAUGUUUCUUAAGACCUGCCAAAAUUAUUAUAAUUUCUUUGUGAUGGAUUUAAUACUUGAAUUGUGGUUAUGUUUUAGUCAAAUAUUAAAUCUGUUUGGGCUUCUUGCGAUCAAUUUGCAGUCUACAAAUUAUAUGUAAUUAUGUUCCGGCCCCCCAACCAUCCGCUCAACAAAAAAUUGGCCUAGGGCUGACUCUAGUUGAUGAUCCCUGGCCUACAGUAACAUAAACUAAGAAAAUGCUAUUGUGUUCUUUUAAAUAUUUUUUUAUUCGUAUUCUAAUGUGACCCAGGACCUUCAUAAACACAACCAAAUGAUUAUUUUUCUGAUAGCAUACAUGAAAUGUAUUUAUUAGACUGUUAGAAUGUUGCAGUCAAAAUGACUGGUCAUUGGCUCAGAACGGGAUGGCUCGAGGCCAGGCUUUUCUAGUGUUAAAAUCACAUCAUCUAUGUAGGCUAACCUAUGACUUGUAGAGAGAGAAAGAGCGUAUAGAGUGCUUCCUUUAAUGACUAAGAUUCAGUGGGCUCAGCAGGCCUAGCACUGGCAGACUGGUCCACAAUCCCAGAUGGUAAUAAUAGCUGAUGUAACACAACAGAUCUUCCAGCAAUGAGAGGGAGGCUUACUGGGAUCAGAGUGAUUAUGGGAGUAGUGUGUUGACACACAGUUCAGAAGAGGACAGAAGAUGACAAUAACCAAAAAUCUCUCCAUAGAGCAGUAAAGACUAGAGACAAAACUGGUUUAGUUUUUUUCAUGAAUCAUGAUGCACUCUGCUCUAUAAUAUGUUAAGAGUUCAAAGUGUAUUUUGUGAUAUUUGCGUUUUAUGAUAGGUUAGUUGCAUAGGCUAUACUGUAUUUUAACUCCAGUGGUAGUAUAGCACUAUUAGUGGUGAGGAGCAGUAAUGCACUCACAACCUUGUAGCACUGAUUUAAGGUUGCAAGCAGGACAACUAAAUAUUGUGGGGAGUUCCUCAUUUAUUGUAGUGCUUUUGGUUCUGUGCAAUGCUGUCAGAAUCUGCCGGGUAAUAUCCCUUAUGAUUUGCUUGGAGGGAAUAACUCACGUUACAGACAGUGCCAACAUCUCCAACUGUGAUGACCCCUUUUUAACAGUCGUACCUCUUCAUAAAUAUGUCUGGGUUGAUUUACCCCCACCCAAAUAAACAGUUAAAGAGGGAAAGAAAGUGGUGAUUUUCAAGCCUUUAUUUGAUUGGCUAAUAUGAGCUUUGUUGAAGGUCCUCACUAUACAGUUUCAUUGAGUGAAGGAGGGAAGGGUAGACAGAAAUAGCUGGAGGUGAUGUUGGCAGUAGUGGAGAAACAGAUAGAUGACACUGUUUUCCCUGCUUCCUGUAGAGCCCAUUCACCCAGAGACCAGCAACCGGAAUGGAAGGAAACUUAAAAAGCUCUGUCUUUGUCACCCCUCCUGGGCAUGUACGUACAACUGAAGAGCAGCAUAUCCAUCCAGUGUCUUGGAUGGGCAACUCCUUGACUGUCAGCAUCUUUGCAGUGAAACACAGGGCCCUGGAGGGAGAGUUAGUUCCCUCAUAUUUACUUCUACUACUAAGGUGACUGACUGUCUGAGCUCUGACUGUCUCUGGUGACAGACAGACAGGCUCUCCCUGGCCUAAAUAUACACCUAGCUUAUACUGAUUACAACAGACAGAUAGAGGAGAGACCAUUUCAAAGAAGAUUACUCAAUAAAUAUACAAUCCCAAGUCAUAGCCUAUUUGAAAUUGUCAUCUUUUUUAUUUCAAACAUGGGCAAACUAUCUAGUCUACAUUUGGUCUGUCUGUAAUAGAGCGAGGGCGAUAGAGGAGAAAAGUGCCAGCCCUGGCAGGACUCUCAUUUCUCGAUUGCCCUCGUGUGACUAUUUCUAAUUAGAGGGAAACAGGAGGGAGUGGACAGAGAGUGGGCAGGCAGCAGAGAGGUAGAACCACCGCAGUCUGCAAGACCAUCACAGACAGAGCAAACACACUCUCAAUCCAACAUGAGCGAUUUCAGCUUCGCUUCGCUCAUCUCCUCGUCUCUCCCCACUGGCUUCUUUCUCAGCAGCGCCCCUCUCAUUUUGGCUCUGACAGAGUGAAAUGAGGGGAUGCGGCAGAUUCCAAUUCCCCUCGACUCCAAGAGUCUAAUGCAAUUAAGCAAGACUGUUGAGAAAUGAAAAAAAGCUGGAGACAUUCUUAAUCCAAUCAAAAGGGCACGCAAGGACAAAUUAGUUGUCCAGACAGCUAUAUCAAUACUACCACUGUGCCUCAGGAAAACAAUGAUUUCUUGUUAAUUGUUUGUUGUAAUAUUUAACAGCUACAUAGAGAGUGAAUGAUAUCAGUGGCAAUGUGAGAAUACUAAGGAAGUCAAUGAGGGACAAGCAUUGCAAUAUAUGUAUGCAUUGCGAGAGAGCAACCAUUUUGCAGCAGUGGAGGCUGCUGAGGGGAGGACGGCUUAUAAUAAUGGCCGGAAUGGAGUGAAUGGAAUAGUAACAAACACAUAGUUUUCAUGUGUUCGAUACCAUUCUAUUCACUCCAUUCCAGCCAUUAUUAUGAGCCAUACAACCAUACAAAAAACGGACAAUGUAAUCAUACUAAUGUUUGUCCUCCUUUCUCUGAGCCUGAAUACUACUUUGUUUCUAAGGGCAAUGUAAAUCUAGGAAAACAGAUAUCUUCCUUUUCAGCAACGAUGAUCUUAUCUCAUUGUGCCUAAGAGAGGAAUGAACAACACAUCUUCCACGUUUUCAGAGUUUUGUUGUGCAAGGUCAAAGACAGGAAUUUAUUUCCUCUCUAUUUUAUUUUCUUCCAAAAAUGCUUUGGAUUAUAUUAUUAUAUUAUAUUGCUCAAUGCUCUCUCUUCAUCAUUCCCCCUCUUCAUCAUUGGUUUCAAAAGGUUUGAUGGAGUUCAAGGAAUCUGGUUCGGAAUGAAAGCAUCCACAGAUCCUUGGCACACAACACUGUUCAAUACCAUUGAGCCACUUUUGUGUGCUCGCUGGGCUGAGACAGCAGGAUGUUAAAACAUGGAGGAAAGAAGUCAAGUUAAUGCAUCAAAGGGUGCAGCAGCACCACAUGUAGUCCCAUGGCUUAUGACCAAACAGAACAGUAAAUGAUGACAAAGAAACCUGUCAGACACCCAUGUUGUCUCAUCUGCUAAAUGGCAUAUUAUACAGUACAGCUCAUGUCACGGACACUAUAUCUUACAAUACAUUCACAUCUUACAAUCAAUUACGUUUUUUGGUGAAGGCUGUUCCCGGAACGUGUUAGAAUUCUUUCUCCUCAACUUGUCCUAAAGUAAAGAAAUUGUCAAAAAAGGAUGUAUGCCUAACCUCCUGCUGAUGUCUGUACAUUUUCUUUUGUCAGAAAAAAUCAAGUGAAAGAAAUGAUUUUGAAAGUACAUCCAGACAGGGUGGCCCACUUUCUUCAGCUUACAGUACAAACUAAGUACCAUAGUAUUGAUUAACUCACACAUGGAUUAACCAGGCGAGGCUAACCAUUGAUUGGGAGAUAGAGCUGAGACUGAGCUCCGUGCCCAUCCCUCUACCUGCCCUCUUAUCUCCUUGAAAUCACUGUAGUUGGUUGGAGCUUUUUCCACCUGAUACCUUGAAACCAUGGUUAACACUACAUAAUGUCUUAAAGCCAAAGAAGUCACUGAAUAGUUCAGUUUCCAGCUGGUAUGUAACUGGCCUGAAGUGGAUCAUAUUCAUGUAGGUGUACAGUACUUGACACAGACCCAGUUGGUCAGUUAGUUCUAGUAGCUUCUACCAAGCUCUAAAUGAGCCAGGUAAAGUAUACAUACCUAUUCUGGUUACAUACAGUAGGUUGCAUCUGAAAUGGCACUCCAUUCCCUACAGAGUGCACUACUUUUGACCAGGGCAAUAUGAGUCCUGGUCAAAAUUAGUGCACUAUAUUGGGAAUAGGGUGCCAUUUGGGAUGCAAUCUAUGCUAUUUGUCUAUAUUUCCGUCACUUAAUCCUUAGUGAUGUUGUUUCUGGGUCAGGAAUAUACAAGGAGAUUAUUUCAAAUCAACUCUCUGCAUUAUGUAUUACCAAGCCUCCUCGCUGGUGUUAAUGGAAGAGAAACCCACAAGCCCUAACACACGGACACACACGCACAGACAGGACACAUGCACACACAUACACACUGUUUAUGUUAUUGAUCUCCAUCAUGUACUCCGGAGAAAGAGGGAGGUCCUGAGAGAGAAGCAACAGCUAGCCUAUCGCUAAAGCUGGAGCAACGUGAUGCUCACAUGACCAAUUUCUUCUCCAGGGGCUCCACACAGAUAAAGAGCCAAAUGGGGAGAUUAUAAUGAGCCGAUUGUUCAAGCAAUCAAGCAGCUGGAAGCAGCAUUUUACUCAAACAAAUGCCUUUGUUUUCCAAGAUGGUUAGCAUGACUGCUUUGGCUGGACCCUUCAGGAACGCUAAGAGACACUUACUGGGAAGAGCCUGAGUUUUCUUCAAUCUGUUCUACUGAAUUUGUAUUCAUAAAUGUUUUUUUGACUCGCUUGGUAUUUUCUUCUCAUAUGUUCUAAUGAGGCUUUGAUGGCGGGAUGCAGAAGCAAUGUGUUUUGCUGUUUGUUUGUCAGUCAGUAAGAGCGAGGCCCACAGAUACAAACUGUAAUAUCAGGGUUGGCUGCACCAGUAACACAGGAGAUCCAGCAUGAAUCAGAGCAUUACAGAGAGAAAUAAAACCAUUUCAUCCCAUCUUGGGAACCAAACAUUGUAAACAUCCGAACACACACACGGUUCCAUAUCACUGCGUAAAGGAAUAUACAGUAAUUUCUUAUUAUAGUUCUAGGAUUUAGUUUGUACAGAUUGGUGUCUACAGUCAGUGCCUUGCUUUACCCCAUUGUUGUUGCCUUACAGCUAAAGCUUAACUUAACAUUGCUAUGAGAGUGUCUGGUCAUGGCUGGCAUUGCUACAGCGGUUUUGGAGCGGUUAUGACUUAUAUUUCUAUGGCUGUAAGUGUGAUAAUGGUAGCUUCCCAAAUGGCACCCUAUUUCCUAUGUAGUGCACUGCUUUUGACCAGGGUCAAUAGGAAUAGGGUUCUGGUCAAAAGUAGUGCACUAUGUAGGGAAUAGGGUGCCAUUUGGGACGCAAACUCUGAUCCUUUCUAAACCAUGACUCUGUUGUAGGAUCACCCUCAACGGGAUGAAGGUGGUUCGACCGGAUGUCCGGAUUGGCCGCUACAGGAUGAUCAAACACGAAAGAGACAAACACAAUGAACCCAACCCACAAAGGUUUGCAUUUGAUUUCUAUCUUUUCCUCACUAGGUCCCAGAUCUGUUUGUGCUGUCUUGCCAACAAUGACAUAGGAGUUGUCAGGACAGCACAAAACAGAUCUGGGAUCAGACUUUUCCUUAAGGUACAGAAAGUACAGGUACUGUAUCUAUUGUUUGCUCAGUUACCAAAGUUGUCUUUUUGAUAAAGGUUAUCUCACACUCAACACAUUAUAAUGCCAACUCACAUUUAUAAGGCUGCUCUAAGGUGAAUCCCCCCAUGUCAUAUCCCAUAGAUUUGGUUGGAAAAUAACCUCAUAACACCCAUCAUAGAAAUGGAUUAUCAUUGUUUAUUCACUGCUAAGAGGGCUCUUUCAUGCAUGAAUAGCCGACCCAUCAAUGACUCUAAAAAGAGCAGAUCGAUAACUGCAUGGCUAUAUGCAGCGCUAUUACUUCUGAUUGUUGUCAAACCCCAGAACCCUACAGAGCUGAGCUGCAAUUUGCACAACAUUAUUAUUGCAUAGCAUGAGCGCACGCACUAUAGAAGUUACAGGCUUUUAUUGAUCACAUCCAACCCCCUUGCUGGCUCUUACCAUGCUCGGAAGGCUAAAUAACCAUGGGGCGGCCAUUUAAUCAUCAGCCUGAUCUUGGUUCUAUUAGUUUUCCAUGAACUCCCACUCCCUAUGAUUUCCAGUGUGUGAAGAUAACAGCCACAGAAGACAACACUCAUGUUGAUGAGUGCCUCAGACAAUACUAAUAAUGAACCAAUGCAGAGCCCUUGCAUAGCUAGCGCGAGAGCCUAAUAAACUCAUUUCCAUGGGAGAUGAGAGAAUAGCUGAAUAUAAAUGAAUUAGUUGUUGUUGCUGCGCCUAAUGAAUUGAAACAUGUUGAUGUAAGAGGGGUUUGCUGUGCUGACAGAGCCAGGGAAGCGUGCUGUUGUCUGUUUGGCUUGUGGCUGUGUGAAAGGUGGAUGGGUUGAUAGAUACUGAUCUAAGUACUUACCAUGCAAUCCCAAUCAACAUGAAUCCGAGUGACACCCUAUUCUCUUUAUAGUGCACUACCACAGGGCCUGGUCAAAAGUAGUGCACUAUAGGGAACAGGUUGCCUUGAACCUAAUACCUACCUAAUAUGUACCAUCACAUAACAUAUUUCUAAGAGAUGUAUCUUUCCUGCAUGAACACACUGUGAUGUAUGUACAUUCUUGGGUCAUGUAGUAUAGGACAUGCUAUCAGAAAUGAAUUACAAGGCUUGUUUUUGUAGAAAUGAAAUUGUGUCAUGUCAGCUAGGUUACUCUUAUAUGGGUCAGAGUAAUUACUUGCUGAAUUGACACCAGUUGACUUCUUUUUUUUUUUGGUCAUUUAGCAGACGCUCUUAUCCAGAGCGAUUUACAGGAGCAAUUAGGGUUAAGUGCCUUGCUCAAGGGCACAUCGACAGAUUUUUCACCUAGUCGGCUCGGGGAUUAGAACCAGCGACCUUUCGGUUACUGGCACAACGCUCUUACCCACUAAGCUACCUGCCGUUGGCUUUAUGACAACCAAUACAUCAGAGACUAGUUUGAAAGAAUCUGUCGCUGACUCGCUGUGUGAUAGAUAGAGAGAGAGAGAUAGACAGACAGACAGACAAAUUGAAUUGAGAGAGAGAGAGAGAGAGAGAGAGAGACAAAUUGAAUUGAAUUGAGAGAGAGAGAGAGAGAGAGAGAGAGAGAGAGAGAGAGAGAGAGAGAGAGAGAGAGAGAGAGAGAGAGAGAUCCUUUGACUGUCAUUUCCAACACUUUAUUCUCCAGCCUGACUUGAUUCUGAUCCAUGAGCUUCAGCUUUCGCGAAAAGCUGUCAUGGACUCAAUUUAUUUGGUGCCAAUAAAUAAUUCAUAAAUGCCUUGAAGAGGAAAGAUAGACAGAGAAACCCCUAUUAGGGAAACCUCCCUAAAAAAUGUUUUUUGUCCCUCAUUAAAAUACUUUGGGGAUUAUUUGAAGUGUUUUGAUUCGUAAAAUAAUACAUUUGGGUUUUAAAAUGGAGGGAAGUAGAAAGGCCUUGAAAGGGUCUGGGCUUUUAUAGCCAAACCUUUUAGAGAGAGAGCGCUGCUCAAAAUUCUAACAGCGUAUUGGGGAAGGGAAAGGGGAAUGUAUUCAACCGAAAUGUGUCUUUUGCAUCUGAAUCAGAGAGGUGCGGGGGGGGCUGCCUUAAUUGAUGUCCAUGUCAUCGGCACCCGAUGAGGGCAGAACACUGGGGUUAGGUUAUUAAGGUCUCUGAUGUUUUGAAGGUCCAGUGCAGACUUUGUUAUCUCAAUAUCAAAUCAUUUCUGGGAAACAAUUAAAUACCUUGUUUUCAAUUAAAAUGGUUUAAAAGAAACAAACAUAGCGUCUUAGCAAAAUGCAAUUUCUCAAGGAAGACUUGGACUGUCUGGGAGUAAUCUGAGAGAGGGGCCUAAUUGGAGGAGCCUAAUGGGAGGGAUGUGUAACCUGAAAACUGGCUGUUAUUGGCGGAGAGGAGGGCAAACUCUCUUCAUUAUUGGUCUAUGAACUUAAACCCCACCCAGCCAAACAAGCUGACAUUUCAGGCGGUCUUUUCAAACAGCUCUUACACUAAAAGUGCAUUAUCAUAAUUUUCAUCAUUUCACAGUAUCAUUCCAACCUUAUAGUGUUGCAAUAUACAGGUAACUGCCUAAAUAAAGGAAACUCCAACAUAAAGUGUCUUAAUAUGGCGUUUGGCCACCAUAAGCCAGAACAGCUUCAAUGCACCUUGGCAUAGAUUCUACUAGUGUCUGGAACUCUAUUGGAGGGAUGCGACACCAUUCUUCCACAAGGUAAAUCACGUUUUUGACUGCACUGCCCCUUUAAUAAUAAGCUCAUAAUACGCCCAUAUACUCAUGAUGUGUGUAGUACUUAGAGAAAGGCUGCACAAGAAGAACAAUAAGUGUAAAAUCACUAUCCUACAAACCUGUAUUAGCCUAUUUCCUGUAAAAAAAACUAAUUAUUCUAUCCUUGCACUCUAAUUAUUAUGUUGUAUCUGUCCUUGCAGGAAAAUGCAUUAUGCCUCCAAAAAUGAUUCUUAGGUCAACAAAUUAGCCUAGUUUACCAUCAUUAUGCAGCUUCCGUUGCAAUCCCAAUCUUACCAACCAGACAUUCCAGGGCAUCCUUCAGCGUAUCCAGGAGAGUGUGGUUCUAAUCUCUGACCACGGCCAAAGCGGAUGUUUUUGAUGAUUAAUGUUGACCACCUCUACUAUUAUGUUACUGCCACUCAUCCUGCUCUGUUUGGUCAGUAGGAAGUAGGAGAUGUGAUUUAGGCAUAAUAAUGAGACAUACGGCUUGCCAAAAGAAGAAAGACUACCAUUCAUCAUUAUUCCAAAAGAUUAGUUGGCGCUGCCUUACACCGUGGACUCAUGCAUAUUAACUCAAUGAAUACUAGGCUUCCUCCUUCCACAGAGUAGCGUCAUCAUCAAAAAUGCUUCAUAAAUCAUCAUCUCAUGCUAAGAUAGUGAUUUUAUGGCUUUUUGGCUGCUGUCUUGCCGAUAUAAGUUGAUACCAAAACAUGAAUAGGGGAUGCUUACUCUGAAGGUUGCCUGCUAUUACAGUCCAUAUUUAUGUAAUACGUGAGAAUAGCUCCGAUCUCGAACACAGGCCUCAUUGUGAGAUCAUUGAGAGACUAUGAUUAAGUAUAGUAGUACAGCACAUUCAGGCUAUUGCCUUUAAUCCUCUUUCCUCUUGAUAGAUUUAUAGAUACAUCUCUCUCUCCCUCCCCCUCUCUUUCUCCCUUGCUCUCACUCUCUGUCUCUCUCUACCAUCUCCUUUCUCUCUCUCUCUCUCUCUCUCUCUCUCUCUCUCUCUCUCUCUCUCUCUCUCUCUCUCUCUUUCUUUCUCUCUCUCUUGCUCUCUCUCUCUCUCGCUCUUUCUCUGUCUCUCUCUACCCCUUCUUUCUCUCUCUCUCGCUCUCUCUCUCUCUUGCUCUCUCUCUCUCUCGCUCUACCCCCUCCUUUCUCUCUCUCUCGCUCUCUUUCUCUCUCCCUCCCUAUCUCUCUCUCUUUCUCUCUUUCACUACCUCCUCCCCUCUCAUUUAAUGGGCUCUUAGCCUAAAAGUAAUUUCGCUUUAAUUUAGAUUCCUGACUAGAUCUGCGUGUAGAGAAAUCUCUGUUUAGCUGUAAGUGACAAGGUGCUGCUGCAGGGUUCUUCUUGGGUUGACUUGGAUUGUGUCGUAGUGGGUUUAUGUCCAAGCACAUAAAAAUACAUAUUGUUUGAUCCAUUCACUGCUCUUUGAAGAUUGGAUAUGCACUGCUGGCUACUGAAGCAGUUUAUGUACUCUGAAUCCCUACCUCUUUUCAAACAGUAAAAGGAAAUCGGAGAAAAUCAUGGGGUAUUGUAGCCUUGGCAUUGGACAGUGGAUGACUGUUACAGAUGGACGAUUCCUGUAUUUGUCCUCUGAGUUCCAGUACAUGCCCAUAGCACCACCUGUUGGCCAAUAUGGGAGUAACACGAAACAUGCAAAACCAAAAUGUUAGCCAUGAUGAUUGUGAUAAAAAAAGUAAAACAUGCAAUAAUAUUUCACUGUUUGCUACAAUGAUAACAUUUCCCAGUAAUAAUAAUGAGUUUUUGCCUCUUCUUCUCCAGAUUCAACAAGAUCCAGAACACCAAGAACACUAUGAAGAGAGACGGGAUCAGCACGUUAACGUACCGCGUGGUCCAGUUUAAGAAGUACCCUCUCUACACCAACAUCUCUGUGGAGAUCGGCAAGCCCCCGCCCCGGCCUUUCAGGGGCUAG